CCGCCUCUGCGUCGUGGAUGAGAUGAGGUUCACAUCUUCUCCUUGUCCGAACGCUGCAUACAGCCCCUGCUCGCACAGCCACCACAACAGCUCUCCUCCAAUUCAAGAUUCUCGGUUUUUAACCAGUCAUGGCAGCGGCCACCCUCUCCUUCCUCCAAUCAAGCCCACUGAAAUGCAACCCCGCCCGCUUCCCUAUCCAGCUGCCCCCACCCCACAAACUCCCCGCCACUCCUCUCCGUUUCGUCCGGACCCGCGAUGGGUUUCCGAGGCUGGGCGUCAGCUACUGCCUCCCCUCCAAAAACUCGGACCUCAUCUCCACCGACCGGAACGAGAACAACCCAGUUAAGAUUCUCGUCGACAAGAUCUUCGGAGCCCUCGAAGCUCUGAAGAAGCCCGCUCUGGCCGCAAUCUUGCUGGGGCUGCUCCUGACUUGCGAUGUCAGCUCCGCAUUGGCUGCUUCGGGAGGCAGAGUUGGCGGGAGCUCGUUCUCCUCGAGAAGGUCCUCCUCAUCUUCGGGGAGCUAUACGACGAGGUCGUCGAGCCCGGGGUUCUCGUACUCGGCUCCAUACUACGCGCCCUCGCCUUUCGGAGGGGGCGGGGUGUACGUGGGUCCAGCUGUCGGUGUUGGGGUCGGGGCAGGAUCGAGCUUCUUCUUGAUCCUCAUGGGGUUCGCGGCUUUUAUAUUGGUUUCAGGUUUUCUCUCCGACCGGUCGGAAGGUAGCGUGCUCACUGCUGCUGAGAAGACUAGCGUCCUCAAGCUUCAGGUCGGGCUAUUAGGCAUGGGAAGGUCGCUCCAGAAGGAUCUUAAUCGAAUUGCUGAAGUUGCAGAUACAUCUACCCCGAGUGGACUCAGUUUUGUGUUGACAGAGACGACACUUGCUUUGCUUCGACAUCCUGAUUAUUGCAUCUCUGGUUAUUCAUCCGUGGAUGUGAAGAGGAGCAUGGAGGAUGGAGAGAAACGCUUCAAUCAACUAUCUAUUGAAGAAAGAGGAAAGUUCGACGAGGAGACGCUUGUGAAUGUGAACAGCAUUAGAAAGCAGAGCACAACCGCCCGUGCAUCUAGCGGAAUCAGCAAUGAGUACAUAGUGAUAACAAUUUUGGUGGCUGCUGAAGGAUUGCAUAAAUUGCCUGCCAUUAAUGGAAGUGGAGAUUUGAAGGAAGCCUUGCAGAAGCUUGGCUCCAUUCCCUCUAGCAAAAUACUAGCAGUCGAAGUGUUGUGGACCCCGCAGAAUGAAAAUGAUACUCUAUCGGAACGAGAGUUGCUUGAAGAUUACCCAUUGUUGAGGCCUCUAUGAAGUAAAAGUAUGUAAUUGCCACCCUUCCUUCCUUGCUUAGAGGCGUAUCAUAUGAGCUAAAUUCGACCGUUGGAGUUACUUGUAUAGAAUAAGUUGUAUAUAGUGCACAAAAAUUUUCAUUUGAGCAUCGGAAGAUGUCUCCUUUGUCAUACAAGGAAAUGGUUAGAGAAUGGCUAAUUGUUUGGUUCCAUAGCUUUUCUUGGCACUAUAUUUAUCAGUGAGCCGUUCCUAUGACAUCUUAAGCUUGAGUUGGAAGAAAUUUGAUCAGGAUUUCUUUUACUUGCCA